AUGGAAGAAAAGUUAGCCGCAGCAGAGAUAUUGAUUUCCAAAUGGGACACAAAUACAACAGGCAAAAUGCUCUUUCAGAGCAAUGCAGAAGAAGUCCGUGUGUACAUGGACACUGUCGAAAAUCUCCAGCGCCACCUGGAAUGUUUGUCCGCCGGCGGCACGAACGUCGCCCAACUCAUCCGCGCGCAAGGACUGAUGAAAUUAUCGAUGGCCCGUCUGCAGAACGAGUUUCACAAGAUUUUGUUAUGUAACAGUGAACCCAUCGAUCCGGAUCGGGAGUCAUCCGCCUGGUCUUCCUCCCGUUCGAGCACAGAGGACAGCAUCGCUACUGACAGCGACGAUGAUCGCAGCAGCUACUCCAUCUCCAACUGUUCGUCAGCAGACCGAAUAUGCGAGUUCAGCAUGGUUCCGUCGGAGGCCGUGGUGGAUCUGCGGACUAUAGCGCAGGGUAUGGCGAAGAGUGGGUAUACGAGGGAGUGUGUUCGAAUCUUCGCUCUCACUAGAAAGUCUGUGGUGGAUGAGAGUUUUUACAAUCUGGGCGUGGAGAUAGUGAGGUUGAAAGAUGUUCGGAAAAUGCAGUGGAAACUCCUGGAUGACAAGAUCAAGAAAUGGAUAUAUGCCGCCAAAAUUAGCAUCAGAAUCCUGUUUGCACAGGAGAAGCGGCUAUGCGCCGAUGUGUUCGAGGGACUUGAUAAGAUGAGAGAUUCUUCUUUUGCCGAAAUCGCCAAGGAGCGCACAGAGAGUCUUCUCGCCUUCGCAGAGGCUGUGGCCACCACGAGUCGGGCGCCUGAAAGAAUGUUCCGGGUGCUCGACCUCUACGAAGUGCUCACCGAUCUUAUGCCCGACAUAGAAGAUACAUAUUUUCAAGAAACCUGCCGAAGCGUGCACGAGCAUGCCAAGAGGAUCCUGGUGCAACUAGGUGAGGCGGCCCGGGGGAUUUUGAUGGAAUUUGAGAAGGCAGUUGAGAAGGAGAAAUCUAAGGUUCCCAUUCCGGGCGGCACUGUUCAUCCUCUCACCAGAUACGUUAUGAAUUACCUCUGCUUUCUCUCCGAUUACAAGGAACCUUUAGUAAACAUAAUCACAAAUCCACCUGGGGAGAUACCAAAAACCCCACCCUACAAUAAGCUGAAUGAUCCCUCUGGCCCGCUGUCUGUCCAUCUCGGAUGGACCAUCUUCCUUCUGCUCACCAAGCUCGACAAAACUUCUGAUCUGUACAAAGACGUGGCUCUGUCUUACCUCUUUCUCAUGAACAAUGUUCACUACAUAGAACAGAAAUUGAAUGGCUCCGAGCUCAAAAGUAUACUGGGGAAGGGGUGGGUGAGAAAACUGUCGAAUAAUGUUAGGGAGUACGCGGUGAAAUAUGAGAGGGCAGCGUGGAUGAAAGUUUUUUCGAGUGUAACAGACGAGGAAGUUACUGCGAACGGCGGAGUAUCUUCUGUGGAGGGUUUGAAAGAGAAAUUAAAGGAGUUCAAUUCAGAGAUGGAAGAGGUGAAGAGAAGGCAUAUUGAAUGGGUGGUGGCUGACAUCAGCCUGCGAGAAAAGUUAAGAGUUUCAAUUACUGAGAAAUUGAUACCGUCCUACAGUUCUUUUCUUCGCAGAUUCAGAAGUCGGUUUGAAAGCGAUACAAAGUAUAUCAAAUACGCACCAGAGGAGGUCCAUGAUUUUGUGUUGCAUGUGUUUGAAGGCAACCCCUUAACCGUGAGCUCCAAGAGAUCCCGAUGA